AUUUAAUUUUCUCCAGUUUUGGUCUAUGUUGAAUUUUGAAGUAUAGAAAACGAACGUCGUUAGUGUAAAUUUCAUAUGAGCGGAAAACCCAAAGCUAAGCCAGAGGAUCAUCCCAGAUCUCUAACUUCAUCGUUCAAAUCACCAUUUUUUUCAACUUCGGAGUCGAAAUUGCUUCCAUUGAAGCUCCGAAAUCCAUAUGGUAAUGGCCACAAUCAUCUGUAGUAUUGAUUGUUUUGGUAUCAGUAAUUGACUAGUGACUACACAGUCCGUUUCCUCCUCAUUUUUCAUCAAUUCUGUUUCGUUUUACUUUUUUCACGAACAGAAACAGUUGCAAAGUAUUGGAAGAAGAGAGUGGUGAUAAUCCUAUGGCGACGACGACAAGGCCGGGUGUUCCCAAGUCCGAAGCUGUUUCCAAAGGCUAUAAUUUCGCUUCUACUUGGGAACAGAAUGCUCCGUUAACAGUGCAACAACAAGCAGCCAUACAAGCACUUUCCCAUGCAGUUGCCAAGAGACCUUUCCCGUCCAAUUUGGACCAAGUUUCUGGACAUGAUAACAGCCUCUCUGUUUCAACAAAGCUUAGUUCUCUGGAGGAUUCAGGGGCCAUUGAAGCAGUCCUAGUGAACACAAAUCAGCUGCCCUUCCUCAAAGCUUGGAGGGUCCAAAUGCCUUGUCAAACUGCCUCCCCAAAUGAUGGAGGUUACUUGCCAACAUGGAGAAACAGGCCAUGCUCACCAGGCCAGCCAAGGGCUAAAAGACAAAAUCUGUGCAAGCAAUCUGCCAUGUGGCAGUAA